CAUGAAUCAGCUCUCAUUUCGAUUGUGAUGAACUGAUUGAGCAUGGGAUUAUCGUAUCCAAAGAUUUUAGUAUUGCAAAUUAUAUGUUACUAUUCAUAUAUCGAUUUCAUUCAUGGAGCAGUACUUUAAGUUAGCAGGACAUUUUAGUAUCAAAUGACAGUCUUUAUUUCUAGCACUGAUAUCAGUUUAUCUUAUGUGAUUUCAGGUUUGAUAUAGUUUUUAGUUUACAAAAUUAACCUUGCGGCUGGAGAUUGCACUUGGUGUCUUUUGUUUGAUAUAAACCUUUUUUCUUUUGGGGGGUUUAGGAGCAGCAACCAUGCAUAUAACAUGAGUUCCAUUGAGCAAGUGCUCUGAAAUGGGAACUUCUGAGAGUUUUAGGAUUAAGUUUGUAUCUUUUACAUUCAAGAGAAAACUUAUUUGCUGAUUCUUUUCUUGCUAAUGCAUUUUAGGAUGAAGUGCACUGGAUAUGUGCACACAAGAAAGUUACAUACCAUUGAGAUUUAUCCUUAAGGCAUCAAAAGUUACAGUUAGCAUGGAUAAAGUUAAACUUUCAGCCUUGAAGUGCAUCAAAGCUUGUUUGUAUUUAUCUCACAUAUAACUGUUGAUGUGAAUGGGACAGAUAACUAUUGUGAUAUAAGUCUGUAGGUGAAGACUGAUUUGUUCUUAACUGCAACUAUAGAGGACAUUAUUUGCUUGCUAAUUGUAGCACUAAAUCAAUGCAGUUGACAGCAUUGCAGUGAUUCAAAACAUUACAAAAUAUCAGUUUAUAUAUCUACUCUAAAAGAAUAUAGUAACAUCACUGUAUUACCAAUUUAUUCAUAUAAUAUGCUUGCCAUGCACUUCUCAUAAUUAAAGAAAAUCAAGAAAUUUUGUUUCACAAGGGCGAUUGAUGUUUAAAUUUGUUAACUGAUAACAUAUUUCAUGUGUUAGAUGGUAAUGGGUGUAAUAGGUAAUGUUUUGUGCGCUAGUCUUUAUCUUCAGCUUGUCCACAAUAAUACUUCUUUCUUUUUCUUGAACUUGACAGGAACUUGUGCACAGGCUCUUGAGGAGAGGAUCAAAUUUAACUGUAAUGGUAUAGUGAUAAUUUGCUUAGGAGGAGCAUUCAGUUCUUUGCUGGACUACUAUUAAUAUGUAAUCUUCAGAGGAGAGGGGAGGGAAUAGAUCAUCUACCUAAGGACAAAUGCUCCAUCGUGUUCUUUUAAUAUACAUUUUUGUUGAUGUUUAAGAAGAACUAAUUCAAUUUAUCUUAGGCUCUCGUAUCUUCAAAGCACUUCAAUGUUUAACCUGUAACAUUCUCACUCCCUAAUAUUAUUUUUGACUAUUCCUUCUAUGCACUAUAUCUGAUUAGACAAACAAGUGUUUCACUUUGAAACUGUGAUUUAUUUAUUUAUUUAUUUAUUUUUGCAGAUUCUGCACGAGAUUGUUGAAAUCAAAUCCUUAUUGACAACAAAUCAGUCUUCACAUGGAUGAUAGUCACAAAAGGUCUGCUGGAGGAUUUGGUUUCUCCAAAAGAGGUUCCAGCCUUUCUUUCAGAGAACCAAUCCAUGAGAACAAAAAUAUCCAGUACUGCAGUAGAUUGGGAUGUAGCACUCGACUUAACUCCAUGAAAGCCCCUGAACUUAGUACCCCAGAAAAACCCAAGUACCAAAGGACUUCUUUCCGUUCUAUGAGCAACAAGUCCAUUGCUGGAAGCUCCUCCAAGCCAUUUUCUGGCUCCACUGAAUUUAGGAAGCCUCUCAAGUCUCGACCAAAUCACGCAUCUCCACGAGAUACAAUUGAAACCAGCAGCAGCAGGCAUAGGGUGACUGAAGAAAUUGAGUCUAAUGGGGAGACAGAGGGUUCAGAAUUUAACCAGAGUAUUACAGGAAUUCAAACAGUUUUGCCUGAAUCAGAAGAUAUUAAAUCACAGACUGCUCAAGGGUCGUCUAGUUCUAGGCUGCAGAAGCAAAUUAAUACUGAAAAUCCAUCAUCAUCAUCACCUAUUCGGCAUCCUAUUGCAAAUAAAAACAAAGGACAAGUUAUUAGACCAUCCUCACAAUAUUUGGGAUCUGGGCCACCUAGAUAUGGUCUCAAGAAUCUCGGUUGCUCAUCAAUCUCGGAUGUUCUCCCUUCUAGGUGUUCUUCCUCUGAUAGUGGACAGAGUAGAAGAGUUUCGUCAGUGAGGAAGAGACCCUCUGAUGGUGAGAGCGCGUCAUCCAGAGGCAAGAGUUCAAGUGAGUCCUCAAGCAGUGGUCUCUCUGCUACAAAUAGAUCUUUAAUGCCUCAACAAAAUUCAAGAAGGGCUAGAAAUCGGGGUUUAAGUAGGGAUGGCCCGGUCUCAGUUAGAACCCGGAGAGCUUCUGGUGGGCAACAAAGGGAGAAUGUUAUUUCGGUAUCAGAGCCUCCUGUGUACCCUCAACUUCCUCAUACCCAAAUAACAAUCAAUGAAGUUGUUCCUGAGAGUUCAUCAAGGUCUUUCCCUGUAGAACCUCAUCCAAUCUUUCGUAGCUCGUUCGGUGGGCGACCAAGCUCUAGUUGGCAGAGUUCUAGAAGUAGAUUGGUUAAUCCUCGUCCUGAAGAUACUAGUAUUCAUGCGACUUUAGGAGAUAGAGAUGGAUAUCGAGGCUUCAAUAUGGACGGGAUUGCAGAGGUAUUAUUGGCAUUGGAGAGGAUCGAACAGGACGAUGAGUUAACAUAUGAGCAAUUAAUGGUGCUAGAGACAAAUUUAUUCUUGGGAGGGUUCAGCUUCCAUGAUCAACACAGAGACAUGAGAUUGGACAUAGAUAAUAUGUCAUAUGAGGAUCUAUUAGCCUUGGAAGAGAAAAUGGGUACUGUGAGCACAGCCCUUUCGGAAGAGGCAUUGGCAAAAUGCCUAAAGAGAAGCAGUUAUGUGCCAGCCUGCCAAGUGCCCGGGGUCAGUACUCAUGGGGAGGAUGAUGUUAAAUGUAGUAUAUGUCAGGAAGACUACGUCAUUGGAGAUGAAGUGGGGAAAUUGGCAUGUGAUCACCGAUACCAUGUGGAAUGCAUCAGUCAAUGGCUCAGGCAGAAGAACUGGUGCCCUAUCUGCAAGUCAUCAGCUACAUCAUCUCAUGCCCCCGAAGAAUCAAAAGAAAAGGAUUGAAGUUCGCUCAGAUGAAGAUUGUGGCUCUUUUUUGUUUUCCUUUUCAUGUGUACAUAAAAUCUUUCAUGUUCCCCUCUCAUGAAAUAAACCACGUGAUGCAGGACUCGUAUGUGUAUAAAACAUUCUUUGAAACCCAUCAAUCAAACGUUUGAAUCUCCGAGGAUAA